CUCUCUCUCCUCUUCUGUCGACGACAAAAAAAAAUCCCUUUGAUGAUCUUGCGAUUCGAUUCGUCUUCUAGAAUUUGAAUCUGGUAGUGCAGCCACUGGACUGGUCUGUACCCCCCGAUCGUCUUUGCCCAGUGCCAUUACGGUUGGGUUUUUUUUUUCUCUUAAUUUUUUUUUCCGACCACCUUCCCUCGUCGAAAAAGUAUCUCCAUCUUUAGAGAGAUCCUUUCGUCUUUUCAACGGUCGGGUCUAGUCGCUUUGGUUAGCCUCGGUCCUUCAUUUGAUCAGGAUUCAUCUCGUUCCUACGCAAACUCAGCAGGUGCUGCCGGUGCUUUGCAGUAAUUUUUCACAUUUGCCUGUCUAUCGUUCAUCGGAGCGUUGUCAACCAACCACCAGGAUCAAUCCGGGAAAAAAUAAUCGAAGAGAAAAGAAAAGAAUCAAAGAAAAUAAAUACCAAAAAAAGGGAAAAAUCGUGUCCGAUUUCACCUCGGAUCUCUCGACUCAUGGCCAGUAACAUUAUUGGCAAUCGGAACAGCACGCCCGACGCUUCCAAAUCCUCCCUCCGUCCGCCCUCGUCGGCCCGUGCCCUCGGUUCGCAUCAGCUUCGAGCAUCGGCCGAUAUGUCGGGGUUCCCCUCGCCUCUCUCCUCGCGGAGCAUCCGUCCCUCGUCCGAGGUUUACUUCAACCACCAGGCUCAAACCCCCAAUCCCGCGGACGAUCCCUUGGACCGGGCGGCGCAGCAGUGGCUGGCCGACAUCGAUCAGUACGAGACCACGCUGGAGGAGAUGGCCGCCGCGACGCUGGACCAGGACUUCAAGGAUGAACUGAGCGCCAUCGAGCAGUGGUUCCGCGUGCUCAGCGAGGCGGAACGCACGGCGGCCCUCUACGCGCUCCUGCAGCAGACCACCCAGGUCCAGAUCCGUUUCUUCAUCCAGGUGCUGCAGCAGAUGGCCAAGAGCCACCCGAUGUCGGGUCUGCUGUCGCCGGCCAACUUUGGGGAAAAAGAUGCCAUGUCCAACCGCCUGAACGACGCCAUGUCCAAGUUGAACGUCGACAGUUCGCGGAGCUCCCUCGGCCGCCCCCCGCCGUCGCCCGGUGCCAAGCGCAACUCCGGUCUGGACACGUCGACCAUCAACGCCAUGUUCCCCGACGCCGCCGCCGCCAUCGCCAAGAAGAAGGCCGAGUUCACCCAGCAGACGGGCAACGCGCCGCCCUCCAACCGCAACAGCGCCGUCUUCGGGGAUCGCACCUCCUUCGUGGCCCCCACCAUCUCUGCUCCGGACAGCAGCGCGGACACGCUCGGCCAGCCCCCGAUGUCCCCGUGGGCCCAACGCGGCGCCGGUGAGCCGCAGCCGCCCAUCGCCCGCCCCAAGUCCUCCUCCGGCCAUCAGCCCAUGGGACAGUUCAGCCAGGCGCCGUCCGGCCUGCGGUCGCCGCUGCCGACGCAGACCACGAACAUCACCGCGCCCGAGAUCGAGGCGCCCCUGCUCUCGCCGUACAACGUUGGGAAUGCCAGCUGGGCUUCCAUGACCAACACCCCGAUGACGGCGACCUUUGGACAGCAGCAGCAGCAGCAGCAGCAUCAGUCGUCGCAGCAGAACACGCAGGCCGACAUGGUGGCGAACGCCACCGCGAUGAAACUGGCGGCCUUGUCGACUGUGAACAACCGGAUUGCCCUCGACGACGCGCGCAAGUACCGCCGGGCUCGCUCCAACGACGGCCAGGGCGCCAACCAGUCCAACGCCAACGCGGGCCAGAACGUGUCGCAGGGGCCGCUGAGCCCUGGGCUUCCGGGACCCAACCACCUCAUGGCGGGACAGCUGCUGAACGCCCAGCAGCUGGCCGCGCUGCAGGCGCAGCAGCAGGCGGCCAUCGGGGGCCGUCGGUCGCGACCCACGUCGCCCGGGAUCGCCCUGCAGGGCGCCGGUGGCUUCGGCGGGAUGGGAUUCACCUCGCCGCAGAACAACGGGUUCCUCGCCGCGUACGACCCCAACAACCCGCUGAUGGGCAACGGGCUGGGGCCCUUGGGGAUGGGGCAGUUCGGACUGGGCGGCCACGAGGGGUAUCUCUCGGACCACUCGGAGGUGACGCGGGGCCGGUCGCCGCGCGGUCGUCGGGGCAGCUCGAAGCCGCCCGAGGACCCGACGGACCCGGCUCUGCUCAAGGACAUUCCCAGCUGGCUGCGCUCGCUGCGUCUGCAUAAGUACACGGACCACCUGAAGGAUUUGCAGUGGACGGAGCUGGUUGAGCUGAGCGACAAGGCGCUGGAGGAUCGUGGAGUGAACGCCUUGGGGGCGCGGAACAAGAUGCUGAAGGUCUUCGAGCAAGUCCGAGAGGCCCGCGCCGACGGCAAGCUGGAGGGAAUCUCAUGAUGCAUCACACCAUUCUCAUUUUAUUCAUUUGAUUUUCUAUUUUCAUUUCGAUUCUCACCUUCUCUCGACUGCAUUAAUUUGAUUGAUUGAUUGAUUGAUUGAUUAGAUGGAGAUUGGCAUACGUGGCAGGAACCGAACCAUCAUGAGCGAUCUCCCUCAGAGCUAGGACAGAGACUUGUCUCUGACUCCCGGGAGCAUAUCAUUUCCCCCUUUUUUUCUUCCAUUUUUUUUUUCUUUUUCAUUGCCAAGUGAAGGCCCCAUGUUUUGUAUUUAUUUUCCCAUGAUCGAUGUGAUGUGAUGGAUGUGACUUGAUUUGUAUUUGGCUGGUUGGGAGACCCGGUUGUGUCCCAGGUUGGUCCGAAAAGGAAAGGUUAUGACUGCUGAAGCUGGAUGUUCUUGAGUAUGG